AAAUUGCAGAAAACCACCAAUUUGAGGGCUAGGUUAGCAGAAAUCACUACGUUAUAGUUUCUUGGCAAAAAACACCAACUCUCUCGUAAACAAUUUGCAAAUACCACUGAUCGGCGGAUCGGGCACCGAUAAGUGGAUUUAUGACAGGUGGGGCCCGGUUUUUGCCGACGUGGCGCUGUCGGCUGGUCGGACAGCCGUUAGACGCCGUUAGACGGCGCUCUCGCACGUGAACUUAAGUGUCCUCUGUCUCUCACUCUCACUCUCACUUUGCUCUCGCACGCUCUCGCUCUCGCUCUGUUCUUGCUCGCCGCCGCCGGCCGCUCCGCUCCGCGUCGCGCUGCCGCCGCCGCCGCAUCGUCAUGGUGUCCUGGAGUGAAAGCGACGACAACAGCGAGCACACUAGGCAGUACAUCAGCUCUGAUUCUGACGACGGCAGGGUGCAGGUCCCUGCUUCAACUGAGGACUCCGAUUUUGAGGGCCCUGAAGUUGAAAUGCAGGUUUUGUGCCAUGGUCACGGGAAGUUAGCAGAGAGGCGCGUUGCUUUUGAAGAAAUUCUAACUGGGAGGAGGUUUCUCUGUUGCGCUGAGAAGGAAGGUAGAGACUGUGGACUAGUUAAAUGGAUUGAUCCUGCUUGGCCCAAUACCCUUGAGAAUGCAUUGCACAAGUUAUGGUUGAUGUAUGAAGACAACAAGAGACAGAGGGCUGAGGACACUCUGAUGAAUUCUUUUGAAGUUCAUAACCUGACACAAGAGAAGAAAAAGUUGCAGGCCAGCUAUGAGAAGCUGGUUGAAGAUGUCAAUGCACUUGUGGAUGCCCAGCAACGUAGGGUAGAGAUAGAAAAGACAGAUGCUGAUACCAAGAAGUUGGAGGAGAAGUAUGAGAUGGUGAAGAACCUGGCAGCUGCUCAGGCCAGUGUCAUUAGGAACAUGAAGCUCAAGCUAGCUGAAGAGAGGAAGAACUUGCAGAUCCAAAUUGAUGAGCUGCAGAAGAGUGUUGAAGAGAGCAAUGUGAAGCUGCAUGAGAGUAAUGUGAAGCUGCAGGAGAGCAAUUUGAAGCUGCAGGGGAUCAAGGCCAUCCUAAAUGAAUGAUCACCUGGCUGUGGAAGAGGGCACUAUUAUUUGGCAUUUGCUUACCUUUUGUUGGGUGUGGUUGGCUGUGCUGUAAUGAGAUUAUGGUUUUAAUUUCCUGAACUAUGGAUCUGUAAAGUACUAAUCUAGUACUAUGAUUAUGUAUGGAUUUGAAUUAAUGCUAAAUGUGAUGGUAUUUAGAGUAUUUGGAUGAAAUCUGAUCUGUUUAGAAUUUAUGUAUUUUAGCCAUCAAAUAGGGUUUGUAGCCAUCUUUGGGGGUUUUGUCGACAUCUAGCCUUCACUAGGGUUUUUAGGCAUCUUUGAUGGUUUUGUCGACAUCUAGCCAUCACCUAGGGUUUUUAGGCAUGUUCGAUGGUUUUGUCGACAUCUAGCCUUCACU